AUGGAUGAAAAAUUAAUAAAUUUGAUUAAUAAAAAAUUCCGUUCAAAUUUAAGAACUAAAUGUUUUAUAAAUAUUUCCAAAGAUUCCAUAAAUUCUAAGGAAUCAAAUCAUCCAGAGAAUUCCAUCGAUUCUAAGGAAUCAAAUAAUCACAAUUCAAUCGAUUCUAAGGAAUUAAAUCACAAAAAUUCCAUCGAUUCCAGAGAAACUAAUAAUAAAAUAACAAAUUCUAAAAGAUUUAUUGUUUUAUUAUUAAAUAAUGAUAAUUCAUUGAUAUUAUUACAUUUAAUGAUACAAAGGAAUCUUAGUCGACACUCACCUUCAAAAUCAUACUAUAGUAAUACUACUAAUAGUACUACUAAUAUUCCUGGAAGGGGAGCUAAUUCUACAGCCAUAGAGUGUACUACUAGUAAUAAUAAGGAUACUGGAAAGGGAGCUAAUUUUACCGGUAUGGAGUGUAUUAGUGAGAAAAUUUUGAAUGAAAUUGCUGUUGUAACUAAAACUGGGGAGUCAAGUAAUAAUAUUGAAAGAGUUAGUACUAAUGAUAUUAACGGUAGCAAGGAAGCCCCUAUCAGGGCUGGUACUGAGGAAUCUGGUGCCGUGGGAGCAAGCACCGUAACGGUGGAUAUAAAGAAUAUGUUGGAAUCAGAUGAUCUAAUAUUAAAUACGAUAAUAAAUGUACAAGAAUCAAGUUAUGAUUUUAUUAAAAAUUCAAAUGAAUUAAUAGAAUCUGUUAUAUCAAUUCUAAAUAAGUUUACUGCAGUAAUAAUUACUCAUAAAUCUGAAUCUUUAACAAUUUGUUCAUACAAACUUAAUAAUUACCUCACCAUCAUUAAUAUUAACUUUUGUUACUUCUUACACUCUGAAAUACUAAAUACACGUGUUUGUGAAGAAUGUCAUGAGAAAUGUCAUGAGUUGAGAGAAAAUUAUAAAAAAUUAAAAAAAAAUCCAGAUUUGAGUACAAUAAUUUGGAAUAAAUUAUUAUAUCAUAAUAUAAAUAAAUAUUUUAAAAGUUUUUCAAAUAAUAUUUAUUUACUAUUAUCUGACUGUGUUGAAGAUAUAUGUAAAAUAACUUUAUUAUUAACUUGUUUAGGAUUAUCAGAAUCUAUAAUCAAUUCAACUUCAUAUACUAAUAUUAUUAAUACUUCCGUUACGGUGACUGGUACUACGGCCAGUAAUGGACCUGAGGUUAGUACUAGUACUGAGGAUAGUAGUAAGGAUAGUGGUACCAUUGGAGCAAGCACCGUUACUGAGGGAAAGGGAGCUAAUUCUACCCUUAUGGAAUGUACUAUGGGAAAGGGAGCAAAUUCUAUGGGUCUGAAGUGUACCUCCGGAAAGGGAGCUAAUUCUAUGACUAUAGAGUGUACUAAUAUAGUUAAUGGUAUAAUUGUAUUAAGACCAUUAAAGACAAUAACACAAGAACAACUUUUAUUUUAUUCUAAAUUCUAUAAUAUCCAAAAUACCAAAAUACAAAGUAACACUGUGAAUAGAAAUAACACUGUGAAUAGUAUUAAUGAUAAAAUGUCUAUAACAAAAUGUAUAAAUGAUUUAAUUUCAGAAUUAACAAUACAACAUAAUAAUUCACUUUAUAAUAUUGUUAAUAUUACCAAUAAACUUUCUAAUCCAAAUAUCCAAGACGUAAAUGAAGAGGAAGAGGAAAAGGAAAAUGAGGAAGAUCACUCUGAUGAAGAGGAAAAGAAAGAAUUUGAAAUAAAUUUAAAAAAUUAUAAACAAAAUCCAGUGAAUGGUUAUACAAAUAAAGUUGUGGAUAAAGAUGUGGAUAAAGAUGUAUUGAAAUAUUUUAAUGAAUUGUGA